UGUGAAGUAAAGAGGGAAGUGGGUAAAGCACUGUUGUUGUUGCAUGCUUCGCCAUGUCUUAUUGGGGCAUGUGUGCCUAGACUUUUAGUAUCUUUAUGGCUUAAAAUAUGUCUUCAAGGAUGAAGCUACGCCCUUCGACAGAGAUCUGUGCCGAUUGUAGCGCGCCCGGACCAGAAUGGGCAUCUGUGAAUCGCGGCGUGUUUAUCUGCGACGAAUGCUGCAGUGUUCACCGCAGUUUGGGUCGUCAUAUUUCCCAAGUGAAGCAUCUGAGACAUUCUUCCUGGAGUCCAACUUUACUAGCGAUGGUUCGACAGCUUGUGACAAAUGGGGCAAACUCAAUUUGGGAACAUUCACUUUUGGAUCCAAAUCAGAUGAAGAGUGGAUUAAGGAAACCAAAUCAAAAAGAUCAUGUUCAUCCAACAAAGUCCACAUUCAUCAAAGCAAAAUAUCAGAGGCUUGCAUUUGUCCCUCGUCUUCCUUGCAAAGAUGAUGAUACCAUUACUGUCUCAGACCUUAGCCAGCAACUUCAUUCAAGUGUAAGGACAGGAAAUUUAGAGACAUGUUUGAGACUUCUCUCACUAGGUGCUCGCCCAAAUUAUUUUCAUCCAGAUAGAGGUAAUACUCCGCUUCAUGUGGCAGCUAAUGCUGGGCAACCUUUACAAGUUGAACUCCUUAUUGUGCAUGGUGCUGAUCCCACAAAGCCAGACAUAAAUGGAAAGACGCCUGUGGAUUAUGCCAUGGAGGCUGGUCAUUCAAAUAUUGCACAUCGACUCAUAGAGGUUCAGUUUGAACUUACAGACAGACUCACAUAUUACUUAUGUGGCAGAAGACCUGAUCAUCAAAAUGGUGUUCACUACCUUAUACCAACCAUGGCAGACAGUCGCUUGGAUUUGUCAGAUGAUGCACAGAAGGCAAAAUUAAAGCUACAAGCAUUAAGUCAUCAUCUCUUUGAAGAACUGGCAUCUGAUGUGUAUGAUGAAGUAGACAGAAGGGAGUGUGAUGCAGUUUGGCUAGCAACACAGAAUCACAGCGCUCUUGUUCGUGAUACCACAACAGUACCAUUUCUUCCUGUUAAUCCUUCGUUCUCUUCAACAAGAAACCAGGGAAGACAGAAGUUAGCUUUGUUUAACGCCAAAGAAUUUGCAACAUUAAUUAUUGAUAUAUUGAAUGACGCAAGACGGAGAGAACAAGACUCCAAUCCUGACUUAACUCAAGGUUUUGUUGAAUCACACAUUUUCCCUAUUGAAGAAGAUGCCUAUGAUCACGAAUAUGAUGAAGUACCUUCAGACGAGGAACCAGCGGAUAAGGAAUCCACACCGGAGAACCCCUCAACAAUGACUACUAAAGUGCAGAUCGAAAAGGGAACAACUACAAGCUUUUUGGCUGAUGACUCCGUUCCUGUGGAACGUUAUCUAGCGGUGGAAAGUGCUUUGGCGACGGCUAAUGCUCGUGUACAACAGCUUUUGCAAGUUAAUGCGAACCAGAGUCACGAAAUUCAGAAUCUCCAAGCAAUGGUUCAUAAGUUGGAGGACGAAAACAAGAACUUGAAAAGUCAGUUAGGAAUACUAAAUGGCAGCGAUGACAAUGUGUUUGCGCCGCCAGCUUACCCAGACGCCAGCGACGAAGAGGAUCACGUGGACAUCGAAAACAUAGAACCGUAUGCUUCCCCAGGCUCCCUCUUAAACCGCACUACUCAGCAAACUCCCCUAGGGCAGCCUCAGGCUGGGGAAAUGACCAAAACUAAAAAAGUCAAUCCCUACGAUAAUGUAACUGAAUCGCCAGAUGACCCAGACGGAGAACGAAGAUAUCUCAAUAUUGAAGAGAUGAGGGAACACGAAAGAAUGAGUUCCUCGGACAGUCCCUUUGAUGAACAACUGGAUAGAGAGGCUGAGAAGUUGAUCCAUGCUGUAGAUGAUUUAGUUAACGAAGCCACGAAAGAUUCCAGACCGCAGCCAUCACAAGAGGAUGUUGUGCGGUGCACAGAACAGAUCACCAAAAAAAUUCAGGAACUGUUGCUAUCAGCGCAGGCUGGGAGACACAGUUGUUUUAUUCCCUGCUCGAGUAAUAUUUUCACGGCCGUUAACGACAUGGCUAGCUUAUUUCCAGAGGACCCAGACGUGGACAGUAUGCGUGUCUCGCUGCAGCUGAUGAAGAGCAGCGCUGCUAGGCUGCAGGUCGAAUGCAAGAGUGCUGUAUUGCCUGGUAACACGGUAGAUAUGGCAUUUCUCACCCAGCAGGUCAUACAGUGCGCUUACGAUAUUGCUAAAGCUGCCAAACAACUUGUCACGACGUUUUCAGUUGAUUAGAGGCUCUUAGUUCCAAGGAAAUGACAAUAAGAGAUUCCAAGAAAAAAAGGGUCUCCGUGGCAUCUCUAGGAAUACAAAUCCAAGCUUUUCUUUGCUGGGAGACGGAGAAAUAACCUCUCUCCGACGGAGUAAUUAUUUUUUUAGUCGAAGUAGUGCAGCUGAAAUCCUCCAGUUAUGAUUGAGUUCUACCCUGCCAUUAUUUUUUGUGGAGUUCAGUUGAGUCAUUUGUUCGAUUUAUCAGUCGUGUGUCAGUCUCUUUACUUUUUCUCGUUUGACUCGUUUUUUUUAUGGUGAUCCAUUUAGUUUUGAUUGGUGGCGCAGUAGAACUCGGUCGUACAAGUACAUACAAAUAUUUAAGUCAAACAUUUAGUUGGUUUGUAGCUUAAAGCAUAGAAUUAUGUAGUCUUUCGUCAGUGUUUUGAAAUUUUCUCUCGAAGCAGGUCAGCGUCAUUCCAAGGUAUACCAAAAAAAUCAUUUGGACCAAAAGGAAAGGAAAACUUCAGACACUACUGCUCUUGGAAAUAUUUUAAAUCUCAUUAUCGAGCCAUCCCAUUUAAUGGGAAAUUGUCCUGUGGCCGUCAUAAACUGGCUUCAACCCGCUUCGGGAAAUUCCAAGCUAUCUCGCCCGCUUCCAUGGCCAUAACGCAUAUUUUACUUCAGUUUCUCCGCCGGUGUGGCGAGCUUUCGUUGUUUUGCUUUAAACGUGGAGAGGAAAUUGUACGCGUAGUGUUGUGGUCGUUACAUCUGGUAUGAGGGUUUUUUUAGACGAGCAGGCAUUGAAUAAUCAAUACAAAAGCUUCGCUUAAUAUUUGAUUUUACACACUAAGCAAAAAGUUUCCUGCCCCUCCUCUCGCCGCCCCUCAUCCUCUCUCAUGUGUUCACGGAAGCCCCCAUUUUUUUUCCCUUUCCAAUUUGUUGAAAAAUCAUGUUAAGGAACUGACAUCGAGAGCUCGCUCUGCAAGAAUGCCUCUACGAAACAUGCAAGGAAUAUAGUUAAGGUUUGGAAAUUAUGGUUGUCCAAAUUUUUGUACGGCAUAGGCUCGUUUGUAUGGGUGAGGGGUAACUCAGUUUCCUUUCAAAGUAUGUUAUUCGUGAAUGUGUACCAUAUGAUAAAGAAAAUUAUUAUGAUUAAUGUACUUAAUAACAGAUUAAUAUAGCGUGUAAUUCAAAGGUGAUGAUGAUUAAAAGAAUGAUUAUUAUUUAGAAA